AUGGCAGGACAGUUUCAAGGGGCAGCUGGCAUUUUGUGCUACGUGGGUGCUUACGUCUUCAUCACCUACGACGACUACGACCACUUCUUUGAGGACGUGUACACGCUCAUUCCUGCUGUGGUGAUCAUUGCUGUCGGAGCCCUGCUUUUCAUCAUCGGUCUUAUUGGCUGCUGCGCCACAAUCCGGGAAAGCCGCUGCGGACUUGCCACAUUUGUCAUCAUCCUGCUCCUGGUUUUUGUCACAGAAGUUGUUGUAGUGGUUUUGGGAUACGUUUACAGAGCAAAGGUGGAAAAUGAGGUUGACCGCAGCAUUCAGAAAGUGUAUAAGACUUACAAUGGAACCAGCCCCGAUGCUGCCAGCCGGGCUAUUGACUAUGUGCAAAGGCAGCUGCACUGUUGUGGAAUUCAUAACUACUCAGACUGGGAAAACACAGAUUGGUUCAAAGAAACCAAAAACCAGAGUGUCCCUCUUAGCUGCUGCAGAGAGACUGCAAGCAACUGUAACGGCAGCCUGGCCAACCCCUCUGACCUCUACGCCGAGGGGUGUGAGGCUCUUGUUGUAAAGAAGCUACAGGAGAUCAUGAUGCAUGUCAUCUGGGCGGCACUGGCCUUCGCAGCCAUCCAGCUGCUGGGUAUGCUGUGCGCCUGCAUCGUGCUGUGCAGGAGGAGUAGAGACCCUGCCUACGAGCUCCUCAUCACUGGGGGCACCUACGCCUAGCAGAGGCCCAGCCUGAGCUCUCUCGGUCUCACAUGGCUUGGAGGUGGACUGAGCAGGUCUGCUGUGCUGGCUCCGAGUUCUCUAGUUGAAGCGCAUGAAUGCUGGUGUUGGGCAGAGCAGCUUGGCUUUUCAUACCCACUCACUUACCUCCCCACCCAUGGCUUUCUUUCCUGGUUCUAGCCGACUCUCCACGCCCCUGGGUUUUAAGUUUGGCAUUCGACUCAUUUCAGAAUCAUUUGCAAGUUGCAUAGUGUGGUAGGAUAAAGAAAGGCAGAGGCGUGCUUCUGUCACUUCCAAGUAGUGACAGGACUCUGCUGUGGGAUCACUGGGUCCUUUCCGUCUUCACAGUGGAGAACUCUUGCCCAGAGGCUGUGGGGGUAGGAGAGGAAGCCAGCUGUCUGGUAAAAUGAACACCAGAUGGUGCCCCUCAUCAGUGUCCUUUACAAAUAUAUACUGUAGUCCAAUAAGGUAGCAACUGUACAAAAUGGCUAAGAUAGGUUUUAGAUCACAUAGAGUGUAUCUUCCUUCAUCUUCAGAAUGAGACUGAUGUUUGAAACUAGUGGUUUUAAUCAAAACUGGCUUCAUAGGAGGAGUAUAAUGUAUGCGCCACUGUUUUAAAACAGUGAGAGAAUGUGUGUGUGACUGAGCCCACUAUCAUAAGUCUUCAGCUUGUUAGAGGUAAUGUACCCAUGUAGACUAGCAGAAUAGUAUGUAGACAUGAUCUCAGUUGUAAAUAGAAAAUCCUAAUUCAAUAAACUGUAUCAGCCCUCAA